AUGCUCGAGACAGUGCGGUCCGCCGGGCCGCAGCAUCGCCGGUUCUUCUCCGCCUCGAGUCUCCGCGGAGGCCUAUCGAGCGCCUUAUCGCUUCUCCUCGUGCUGGGCACGUCGUACAUGGUCUGGAAGGCGCUGUCGAUCAUCACCAAGUCGUCGCAUCCCAUCGUCGUCGUCAUCUCCGAGUCAAUGGCUCCAGCCUUCCACCGCGGCGACAUCCUUUUCCUCUGGAACCGCAACCCCGUCGUGCGCGCGGGCGAGAUCCCCGUGUGCUGGUUCCCGGGGAGACCGCUGCCGAUGGUGCACCGCGCCAUCAAGGUCUUCACGCAGAGCGCGGGGGAGGCUGCUCAGCGAACGGCACAGUAUAUCCUGACCAAAGGCGACAACAACGAACUGGACGAUGUGGCUCUCUACCCCGUAGGCCAAGACUUCGUCCACCGCGAGCAGGUCGUCGGCGUCGUCAAGGGGUAUCUGCCAUACGUGGGCUACAUCACCAUUGCGCUCAACGAAUCCGCCUGGUUCAGGGGCGUUAUGAUUGCGAUCCUGUUGAGUGUUGGCCUGCUGUCGUCAUAA